CGCGCGAUGUAAACGUUGCUUUGAGCGUGUGUUUUACAUCACGCACGCAGGAAGACGGAUGAAAAGGGAGAAAGAGAUAAAUAGAAAAAGAGAAAAAGAGAGGAUUGAAAGAAGGUAAAAUAGAAGAAAAAUCGUACGCGAAACGUGCACGUUUUGCAGAUACAAUCGACAUAAGCUCUGACGGAUAGGAAUCGAAAAUGGAAUUUUCUAAACUACGUGCUCUUUUGUGAUUCUCCUCCUGGAAUGUUUUACCUGCUUGUUGGUAUCUUAUCACGCCGGUUGCCGCGUUUUUGUCUGAUGUUGCAUAGAAAGCGAUGGAACGAUGGCUGAAUCCCUCAGUCCAUACAUUGGAAUCCUACUAGAUAACUUAUAAAACACAUGGCUGGCGAGAGAAUUCUUGAUUACCGUGCAUCUUGUACGGAAGAUAACGACGAAAUCGAAGGUCUUAAUGAGAAACUGAUACAGCUGUUAUCUAAACAGAAAUUUUUCUCCCCAGUUUUGCCCAAUAGUUUGUAUGAACAAGAAGAAGAUAGCAGUUAUACUAUAGACGCUAAGACUUCUAGUUCUGUGUCGUUCAGUCUUUGCAGACAUGACUGUUCUCUCCUGUGUCACGAUAGCCCAGCUAAGAUGCAGAGUGCAUCAAAUCAUCUUCCACCUAUUGGGGUAUUUUGGGACAUUGAGAAUUGUCAGGUUCCUAAAGGUAGAUCCGCCAUAGCGGUCACACAGUUAAUUAGAGACAAAUUUUUUAGUGGCUAUAGGGAGGCAGAAUUUAUUGUGGUUUGUGAUGUUCAAAAGGAGAACAGCCAAAUCAUACAAGAACUGAAUGAUGCUCAGGUUAACUUAAUACAUGUAGCUGCUACAUGUAAGAAUGCUGCAGAUGAGAAGCUUAAACAAACCAUUAGGAGGUUUGCUGACAUUCAUGGCAGCCCGUCGGCCAUAAUCCUAAUAUCUGGCGACAUUAAUUUUGCUGCUGAUCUCAGUGAUCUACGUCAUAGGAAAAAGAUUCAUGUGAUACUGCUGCACAAAAAGAAUACCUCAGAAGCGUUAAUAUUAUGCGCUAAUGAACAUUAUGACUUUAUGGAGCUCACGGAGCCACUGCCGUCCAGACCUCCACCAAAGGGUAAUGAAUCCUAUGACCUUCUAAUUAGUAACCUUCCCGAUGAAAUGGAUGUUAAUGUCAUUAAGCGUCGUCUUAAGCAAUUGUCUGAAAAUUGUGGUGGUCGCGUGAUAGAUGUCCAGUCAAAUACUGCCAUUGUACGCUUUACGUCGCACAGUUCUGCCGACAGGGCUCAGAAACGUAUGGAAGGAGAAUAUGUUUUUGGAUCGAAAAUAUUUGUAAAAUAUCUUGGGAAGGAGAAAGGAAAUAUAAUCGCCAAAAAUCUAGGAAGUAUUAUAACUCGAAGUAGAGCAGUCAGUGAAUCGGAAAUUGUUACUGAAUCUAAGCAAAGCAGCUCCAAGCAAAUGUAUGCUGCGAGUGCCUCUGUAUUAGGGACGAGAACCCUGCAAUAUCCGCAUUAUCAGUCUUCAUCGUCUGUAGUGGGUGCCUAUCCUCCUUUUAAUCCUCAUUGUGCACCUAUCAAUGGCCCAUCAUCGGGGUUGAUACAGCAACCGCCGAUAUUUUUGGGGAGGUAUUUGAAUAGCAACGAUGUAGCUUUUAGUAGACCAUUUAAUGACCUUAGAGUUCAGUCACCAAAUUUAAUUUGGCCAAUUGCGGGACCUCAGCCAUAUGGCCAUAUAUGGGAAGAACAAUUCAAAGCGGAAAAGUCGAAGGCUUUAAGUAAACGAGCACAUGUCCCGCAGGUUCGGGAUAAUAAUGUUACUGUUGCCACGUCUCGUACUCCUGAAGGUCUUCGGCGCAUUAGAGGUACACACGGUGCAUUUCUUCAUGCUGAAUGGCUUGGAGGACGGCAGUCGUACAAUUCAUUAGCUGUACCACUUAAUUAUAAUGUGCAAUCCAAUUCUUUUAAACGACGUAGCCCGUCCCCACUGUACGAUGCAUCGACUAGAGAAAAGAGUUCAUGGCAUCAGGUACAAAUUAAUCAGCAGCAGAUUUCUACACGAAACAAUAAAACACCAUCACCUUUCGAAAAUAAUAUGUUACAAGGGACAGGACAACAUAAUCAUACAUCACGAUCACAUUUGAGUGAUGCAGAAAAUGAAGAAGUAGAGAAAUUUUUUUAUCCUAUAAAUAAUCGCGUCGGACAAAGUACAAGUAAUGGCACUAAUAAUAUACCCAUUGAAUUGCAAGUAACAAAUUUAGAUCAAAACAUCGAUAUGAAAGACAUGAAACGAAUUCUUGCGUCCGUGUUCAUGGAGCACGUCUCGAGCUGUCAUAUUGCUAUAUUUAUGCAAUCAGACGGUAAUUACGCCGCUAGUGUCAAAGUACCUUCGUUAUCGGACGCACAGUAUGCGAUCUCGCAAUUACAUCGUCGUAAAAUAGGUUACAAACGCAUUUUGAUAUCUUACGCUCAUAUCGGUGGACCAAAUCUGCAACUUAUCCGAGCGCAAAUCGUAAUGCUCUUACAAGAAGUUCCGGGACACAAACUGCCAUUAUUCAAAUUCCGCGAGAUGUAUGAGAGCCGGUUCAUGAUAUCUAUAAGCGUGUCGGAACUCUACAAGAUGAGAGACGUAUGCGUGAUCACGGAAGAUCCGAGCGGCAGAAUGGUCUCGCUUCAUCCGGAUCAUAGAAACACGCCGUCGCCGUGCUUUAGUAAUACGAUACAGGAUGGGCAAGUUAAGUUACCGUAUUGUACAAUGCAUACGUCGAAACCGUUGUCAGACAAAGGCUGGGCGGAACAGGAAAUGGCAUCCCUACCUAACGUAAAAAUAUCCUUAAAACUUCUCGAGUCGCGUGUGAAACAAUUAUUAGCAUCGCAUAACAGCAUUCUACCUCUGCCAAGUCUACCGAACUGUUAUGAGGCUGAAUUCAAAGAACAAUUAGAAAUCAUAGAGAAUGGCGUACCUUUAGAACAUUUAAUAUCGUGCUUAUCAUGUAUUGAAUUAAGACAAGACAUCGGCAGCGUAAAGUACAUUGUGUGGAUAGGGAAGAAGGAUCACGAAAAUAAUCACGAUGAAAAUAAAUGCGUGAGUCCACCACUCGCGAAUCAGUUAGCCCUUUUUAGCCGCGAAUUGGUCGAUCUUCUGAAAACUGCUCCGCAUUGCCAAUUACCUUUUAAUCGAUUUAUACCAGCGUAUCAUCAUCACUUUGGACGUCAGUGCAGAGUUGCCGAUUACGGGUUUACUAAAUUAAUAGAUCUGCUUGAGGCGCUUACACACACUGUACAAGUAAUGGGAGAGGGCAAUAAACGCGUGGUUACGCUAUCGCAUCGUGCUCAAGUACGUAGAUUUACCUCGGAUUUAUUGCGUGUACUGAAAUCAAAAGCGAGCAAACAAGUGGCACUUUCAGAAUUUCCAAGCGUUUAUAAUCGAGUGAUAGCGAAACCUUGGGACAUCGUGGAUUACGGUGUAUGUGAUAUCGAAGAUAUUCUCAGCGAAGUGUCCGAAAACACAGUCGUCGUAACUCCUUUGGAAGACUGCGAUAAGAUGAUAGCCAUCCCCAAACGCGAGCAGACUGCUGAAGAAAUCGAACGAACGAAAUUAUUUGCUAAAGAGGUUAUUGAGCUGCUACAACACGCGCCACAAUGUAGGAUGCAGUUUAACAAAUUUGUACCUUCUUAUCAUCAUCACUUUGGCCAUCAAUGUCGCGUGUCAGAUUAUGGAUUUACCAAGUUGAUCGAAUUGUUCGAAGCAAUCCCGGAUAUAGUCAAGAUUGAGGAGGUAAACGGAGGCGAGCGACAGAUAUCCUUGACCGAAAAAGAGGGCCUGAAGGUUCUCUCCGAGCAAAUAACAAAAUUGGUGAUGCGUGCUAAAAGUGGCUUAAGCGUUUCGAGUAUCGCGCAAACGUUUCAACAUCAAUUUGGCUACGCGCUACGUCCCGAAUUGUUCGGCUGCAGUUCAAUGUUGCAGCUUAUGCAAAAGCUUGGAGAUACUAUUCAGAUUAUAGAUUUGGCCACAGGACCAGCUAUCAUCACAAUAGAUAAAUCACAUUUGCAGCAAACCACCCUCCAAUGCCGGCGCAUAUUAAUGGACCAACCCCAACAUAGAAUGCCUGUCCGAGAAUUCGUACAACAAUACUCUCAAUAUUACUUGAAGCAAUGUAAUCUAGAUGAGUUUAAAAAAGAUCUAACAAAUGUUGUUCGGUUUUCCAUGAUACAUAGUGAACAAUUUAUCGAGUUGACACCAUUGCAUCGCUUUGCCUGUGAGCUUUAUCGUGUAAUGAUGAAUUACGGUGGUACAUUAAACUUAUCGCAAUUUGAUGGGUCAUAUUUGAAUAUCAUAGGCUCGCCAUGUAAACCUGCACAAUAUGGUUUUCCAACAAUAACUGCACUUUUACAAGCUUUGCCUUGCACUGUAACGAUAAAGGAGACGCGGAAGAAAGCGAUUAUCUAUUUGAAUAAAAAGUUAGCUGCUGCUGUCGGUAUACAUUUGCCACCGGUGUACAAGCCAAUGUCAUCCUAUCACGAUACGGAUUCCAGCAACGAUUCAUUUGAUAGUGAUUCUUCCUGUCGCGUGAAUGUCCAUAAUGCUUUAAGCAUAAUGGACGAUCACGAGAAAUGGAUCGAUCAAUUGACAAACGUUAAUUCUUGGAAUGCAAAGGAUAAUAAAGCUGUAUGGUCGGAGACUUCUAACAAGCAUUGGAAGAAUUUGCCAAAUUCGGAGGAACGUCCGAUUAACUGGCCGAUUCCGGAAAGCGGUGGUGAAAGCUUUCUGAACAGUUUGAUACGUACACCGAUAAUGCGUAAUUUUCCUCCGCCACCACCCAAGCCCGACUCCCCACCCGAGGAUAUUAUGUGCAAGGAGGAACAUUGGAAAUCUUCAUGGAUAUCUCCGGCAAAAUUCAGCUAUCCACAAGAUGAACAUUCCACGAAUGUACAGGUUCCUCCGUUAACCUUACCAAGUUGGAAUCAAAUUCUGUCCAGUGACGGUAUAUCGAAUUUGCUGUCGCCAACUAAAAAUCUAUUGCCCGCUGCUGCUAAUCCUUUAUAUCCAUCUAUCUCUCCUUAUUAUCAUAAGUCUGUCGUUGCACCACAUCCGUCGGAGUUACCACUUCCUUCUCUAUCGCUAACACCUAAGAAAAAGAUAUUGGCAGAUAAUCAGAAAAAGACUGCUGCUAACGCGAGAAUGCACCUCAAUCUUGCUAGUUCCGACAAUGAAGAUAACGUUAUCGAUGAUGAGGAGAGCAGUGACAGUUACAGCACUUCUAGUAAAUUCUGAAACUGUAUUUAUCUCGCUAGUUAAAGGCAAGAGACGUCUGGCAGCCCAAUUCAAUCAGCCGAUCGAGCCAUAAGCAGAGAGUAGGUAAAGGAGAGAUAUUAAAAAGUGAUAAGCUUAGGAUCAAAAUCAGAUUGUAUUUAAUCAAUUUCUUCACGGAGACAACAAAAAAGACUUUAGUGGACUUCAAGUAAGAUCUUCAUCUAAAAUGGAUUAAAAUACCUAUAUAUUAUUCCAUGGAUGGUAGGUACUAUACUUAAUAACUAUAAUUUAUACUCAAAAUUUACAAAAGAUCUGUGUAUAGAUUAAAUGUAUAUGCAAACAGGAAGAAAGCGAUUAUAGCACGAAUUAUUUUCAAAGAGUAUGAAAAUAUACAUCGAGUAGAUAUAUGAUGUAAUCAAUCGUAAUAAAAAGUGCGUGAGCGAUGUUUAUAGCGAAUGACAUAUGCUGAUGGUUAGGAAACGUAUAGCAUUUUUCGUACUGUGAUAUAAUAGGGUAUAAAAAGAAGCGAAAUGAUUAUAAAUAUUAUACCAAGAAGGGAGCUUGUGUGUAUGGUGAGAUGGCAAUAAUUAAUCUUUCGGUAAUACACAAGAAGCGUGGCCCGGUAUAACUGUGAAUUAUGUGAUUACAUUAGAUUUGUUUACAUUGGAUCAAACUUUUUUAUCAACACUAUCAUUUGAUAUUAUUUUAAUCUUUACGUUUGUAUCAAAUUUACAAUCAAUUUUUACUUUAUUAUUUCGAUUAGUUAACGAUAUACAUAUCAUGGAAACAUAUGAUUUUUAUAUCCUGUAUUCCUUUUUUGUUUCACAUUCCUUAAAUGAAACUAGAAGAAUAUUAGACUAGAUUCCAUGAUCAUCAAGCUAAUAUGCAUUAACUAUUUUCUUUUGUAAAUAAAUUAUUGUUGAAACGCUUCUUCGCAUAUGUUCACAUUGUCAAAGAUGUGAGUUGUAAUUCAUAUAACAUACUAUAUGUCCGAAAAAGAUAUUACAUACAAUUGUUGCCAAUUACAAGAUAAGCGAAAUUCUCUUGUCUACCAUGCACCUUCAAUUAUUUAUCUUAUCUUACUAAUUUCUCUACAAUUCGCCAUUGAUACAUUUUUUACUGCUCAAUGUAUAAUUUUAUGAAUGUGUCAUGUGAAUGAAUGUGAUGACAGAUACGUGUAAAAUUGGAGUAUAAUACGAAUUGCUCUACGCGAGUUUCACAAUACGUAAGGAAUAGGAAAAUAAUUUUAUCGAUAAAAAAUUUUUGAUGUUUUGAAAUUAGUGCUUAAUUGUAUGGCAGAAUCAAAAGGAUAUAAUGUAAUGGAGUGCGAUGAGAUGAAAUUUUAACAAAGAUCGUUGAGACAAAAUUGUUUGGUAAGAAAUGGUGAUAAAUAUCAUGUGAAUUUUAUUAAAAGGGAGACGAGACAAAAAUUCGACUCGAAUAUCUCUGGAGCAGCCAUUGCGUAAUGUCUUUCCUUUCUUUGUUUUCGUUCAAAGAACGAUGACGGUAGUACGUGACUCUGCCUAAUGUAGAAUUUUUUAAAUAAUGUUCUGUUGAUAUAUUAAGUGCGUAAUAUAAGAUGUAUAAUAAGAAUGCAACUCAUUUUGAAUUGUACAGAAGGAAAUGAAUGCGUGAUCUCACUUUUAAUCUUCAUGCUCAUUAUAAAUAUGACAUGGAUAUGUAAUAAUUUACAGCAUAAAGAAAUCGAUUAGAUUGUAUUCUAGAAUUAUAGCUACAAUGGAUUUCAAGUUUUAUGCAAUACUAGAUUUGCUAGAUUUAUCGUAAUGUUAUUUUUUUAAAACUGAAAAAUUUGAGAUAUGUAAUGAUCAAGCUAUGAUAGAUAUAUCCUCGAGCUUGAAUCGGAAAAUUUGCGAUACAAAUGACAGUCAGGUAUUUUGGGUAUUAAAUAGAGUAUGAGAAUCGUAUGUAGUGACUUUUAAAAAUAUUUUGUUAAUUUAUUCCUAUAUAUUAAAAGAAAUAGUUUCGUUAUGUGUUGUAUAUUUAUGCAUAAUAAUGAAUCCAAUUGUAUUUUAUAUUUGCGUGAAAGAAUUGUCGUGAAUACGUGUCCUGUGAAAAAGAUUUUUAAUUCGUUUAAUCAAAAGUAUUCUGUAUAAUAUUCCGUUUGUGUAUCAUAUUGUGUAAGAUUCGCCAUGCGAGGUUGUUUUAUGUUCUAAAUGCCUAAUAAGUUUUAUUGUACACUCGAUUUUCUUUGGCAUUCCAAAUGAUAGAUGAUUAAUCUGAAACUUAAUGUUAAAACGAAGAAAAGCUGUAAAUGAAAUUCAUAUACAUACAAGAUGAUUUUAUUGUAAUAACAAGAGAAAUUGUAAUGUAUAAAUCAUCGAUGGAAUCGUGUCUAAACAAGUAUUUCAUAAAUUAAUUUGAUAUACAUGUACAAUAGGUAUAAUCUUUUUAUAUAUUGUACAAUGAAGGAAUAAAAGGAAAGAUUGAUUCAUGCAA